UUCACACUCUUUAACAUUCCUUAGGUUCUUGUAGUAACACAGAACUUACUUUGUAGUGAGAUCUAAAACACCUACAGCUGCCAGUCUUACCUGAGGGGGGAUUUCAACCUUGGAUUUUUGGACUCAUUAGAAGCAGCAGAUUAUCCUGCAGGCUUUCAGGCACCAUGAAAAUAGCAGCGUUUAACAUUCAGAAGUUUGGGCGGAGCAAAGUGGCGGACGCAGAUGUUCUGAAGACUCUGGUUAAGAUCAUUUCCCGUUAUGACAUCAUUGUGAUCCUGGAGGUCGUAGACAGCAGCGGGAAAUCUGUGGAAAUUUUGAAGAAAGCAAUCAACACGGCCAACCGGAAACAUCACUACACCCUGAAAAUCAGCACCCGCCUGGGCCGAACACGCUACAAGGAGCAGUUCAUGUUCCUGUACAGGGACGACCUGGUUGACCUGGUGGGCUCGUACCAGUUCGAUGAUGAGAAGACCGAGGGGCUGGACGUGUUUGCCAGGGAUCCGUACAUCCUUCGGUUCAGGUGCCUAAAUACAGUUCUGAAAGAUCUGGUGAUCAUCCCAGUUCACACCAAACCAGAGGACUCGGACAAGGAGCUGGACGAACUCUACGACGUCUUUGUUCAUGUCAGGAAGAAGUGGAGGACUGAUAACGUGAUGAUCCUGGGAGACUUUAAUGCCGACGGCUCAUACCUCACAAAAAAGGAAAUGAAAACUAUCCGGAUCCGUAGCGACAAGAACUUCCACUGGCUGAUCGGAGACGAUGUGGACACCACAGCGAGCAGCGGGAACGCACACACAUAUGAUAGGAUCGUUGUCUACGGAGACGACAUGCUUCAGGCUGUUGUUCCACAAUCUGCUAAACCCUUCAACUUCCAAAAGGCUUAUAAUCUCUCUGAAGAACAGGCUCUGAAAGUGAGCGACCAUUAUCCUGUGGAGGUGGAGCUGAGGGGUCUGCCUGAAAAAACAGACGAUGAUGAUGAUGAAGGCCUGAUCGCUGCGAUGAAAGGUGUUGUGAUGGCUGAAGACGGGGAUCUAACGGAGCUGAGGAGAGGAAAUCUGCUCUUGGAGCGGGAGAAGCUCAACCUGGAGAUCCAGAUCCUGCGGUUGAGGGUUGCUGAGAUGACCCGUGGGAAUGCAGUUUGACCUAAAGACGUCAGAUCGAUCUGGAAAACACUCCACAUAGCCAUGAACUACAAUAAUACUGGUUAUCUAGUUGCUACACACUGUACGGCGAAUGCGCAGGGUUUCGCCGUACAGUGUGAACUGCAGCUGCUUGCAACGACGCAAAAAAUCGAAAAGUGUAUGCCCGGCUUUAGGAGCUUUUCAGGACUUUGAAGAAAUGCUUUCAUUUCAAAAGUUUAAAAUAUAAUAGAUACUGGAGCUUGACUGGGAUAGUCAGACGGCUCGCAGCAGAUGUACUUUCCCGUAUUUUCGAAUCCAAAACAUGACGCGUAGGGUUUAAGGCUGGACACGUAACCAGGGGAACGGGAAGAUCGCCCACAGCCAAACCAAAAUAAACAUGGCAGUGAAGGAGGACGUACCUGUAGCUGCUGCCGUCAACAACAAGAGCGUAAAAAACACAAGUUUUAAUUCUUCCAUCUCUUACUGCGAUUGGCAAAAACCAAAGUUUUUUAGGCAGUCACUGAGUGUUGCCCAAUCAGCCCAGAAGUUUCAGCUGAAUGUCA